AUGGUUAAAUUCCGAGAAGGCAGCUCAACCCUUGACAAUGGCAGGAAGAUCUAUUGGGUCCUCUGUCGGGAGGAGCACACUUUUGGGCAAUAUUGGGGGUCCCUGGAGCAUCUCCUUGAGCAGAGAUUUGAUAGGCUGCGCAUCACGCAUCCUCAAGCAUCAACCUUCUAUGGAAUGAUUCGCUGCGGUAAGUACCAUCAGAUCUACCGGGAAGUGAAGACUCCAGAGGAUGAAAAUGAUCCCGACCAUUUUGUGAAUGGUCUCUACAGGAUCGACAUCAACGGGAGAGUCGCCUUCCACCGCGUGCACGAUGAGAAGGUGUUGUAUGACUGGCUUCAUAGUCUUCCUCCAGCUGAUCACGAUUACGAUGAUGAUGGUGUCAUUGUCACUGAGGGGGAUUAUGGGAGUGACGUCGUAGAGGAAGAGGAGAUGGAAGAGUCUCACCUCGAUGAUGAUCAUGAUGGCUCCGAGGCUGAGGUUGUAGACAGAAGUGAGGCGGAAGAUCCUUACUGUGAUGAUGUGCAUGAGAUCGAUGCCACAGAGGAGGAUGAGGAGGAUGAGUUUUGUCCCGGUGAGAAUGAUGACUCGGAGAUCAACCUUGUUGAGAUCUGGGACUUGGACUGGGAUGACAAGGACGAACCUGAUUCAGUGGAAAGCCUAUUGUCGUAG